AUGGCUACAGUCGCGCUUACUACUAUAGCUUAUGGUAAACAGUCUAACGCGACCUUCGACUAUUGCAUCACUUUUAACAAAGAGGUGAACCUAGUUUGGGGACGGAAAUGGAACGCUGGACGUUUCGUCUUUAUGCUCGCGCGAUAUGCGCCUUUUCCUGGAUUGGCAUUGACGUUGUACGGUCUCCUGUUAAUCCGAACAUGGGCAUUCUGGGGCUGUAACAGGCGACUUCUGAUUGUCCUCUGCGUCGUCGAGCUGAUUUUUGUCGUUUUAGCCAUGUUCCUCACUUUAUAUUUGAACGUGGGAGUUAAGGCUUACUCCGCUAAUACAGGGCCGAACACUUGUAACUUCACAACGGCAAAGUUCAGCACAAUUCAAUUCGGCUUCCUGGUUACCUUCGAGAUAAUACUACUUUCCCUUGUCAUCUUCCGAUGGAUAUACCACUAUCGUUCUGUUGGUAACCAGCAGAGUUUACCUAUAAUGAACGUGGUUUAUCGAGAUGCCGUGCUUUACGUCUCAAUUAUGAUCGGAUUCUCCCUCGGCAAUAUCUUGAACAUAGCUUUCGCGCCUCAAUAUUUCAAUGAAUAUCUAAACAACCUCCAAAUCACGAUACACAGCAUACUUGCCGGCCGGCUUUUCUUCAAACUCCGAGAAAUUAGCGAUAUAAGCUCUCAUCAAAGCGAGGCCCUGUCGCUAACGCCUUUUCACGCCGCAGUUCCUGUGUCGACAGAUGGCUCAAAUUCAGAGAGGGUCGAAAGCGAGGAUUUUACAAUUGCUCAAGGAACAUGA